AUGGCUCAGAAAAUCACCUCCCCCGUCCCGGCCAGCGACGAAUACUAUGACCUUGGCUCGUUUGGACACACCAUCACUACCACCAGCGCCGAUGCCCAGACAUGGUUCAAUCGGGGUCUGAUAUGGGUGUACUCGUUCAAUCAUGUUGAAGGCUCCUACUGCUUUGAACAAGCCAUCGCGCAUGACCCUGCAUGUGCGAUGGCGUACUGGGGUCUCGCCUACUCGGUUGGCCCAAAUUAUAACAAGCCGUGGGAGAAGUUUGAUCUCGGCGACCUCCACACCUCCGUGCAGCGCGGCCACGAGGCAGCUCGAUCUGCGAGGAAGCACGCCGUCAACACAACCCUCAUGGAAAAAGCUCUAAUUGACGCUAUCCAAUUCCGUUUCCCAACCGAUCAGCCUGCCAAGGACUACCAGGCUCUCAACAAGAGUUAUGCCGAGGCUAUGAAGCCCGUAUACGAGGCUUUCAAGGACGACCUAGAUGUGGCUACCCUGUAUGCUGAUUCGUUGAUGAAUAUGACCCCAUGGGCGCUUUGGGAUCUAUUUACUGGCAAGCCCAACUCAAAAGCCCCAACUUUGGAGGUCAAAGCCGUGCUAGAACGGGCACUUGCGCAGGAGUCGGAUGGUGCUCACCUCAAUCCUGGAUUGCUUCACCUAUACAUCCAUUUCAUCGAAAUGUCACCUACCCCUGAGCUGGGCAUCAACGCUGCCGAUCACCUGCGUGAUCUCGUCCCUGAUGCCGGUCAUGUUCAGCACAUGCCAACGCAUUUGGACAUUUUGAUUGGCGACUGGCGCCGCUCAAUCUCUUCGAACUACAAGUCGACACUCGCAGAUGAUAAAUACUUCCGGAGGUCAGGUGCCAAGAAUUUCUAUACUUUCUACCGGUUACACGACUAUCACUCCUUGGUCUACGCUGCUAUGUUUGCUGGUAAAAAGAAGACUGCUCUGGACGCCGUCACUCGCAUGGAGUUAACAGUCCCCGAUGAAGUUCUUCGUAUCCAGUCCCCGCCUAUGGCUGACUGGUUGGAACAAUUCAUGUCUAUCCGUUUACACGUGAUGGUGCGCUUUGGCAUGUGGGAAGAGCUCAAAUGCAUGGGGCUUCCCCAUGAUCUAACCCUAUUCGCCGGUACCACUGCUGUCACUCACUAUGCUCGUGGCAUUGCGUUCGCAGCCACAGGAGACGUGGCUACGGCGCGAGAGGAACAGGAGCUUUUUAAUGCAGCGUGGGCUCGAGUCCCCGAGACGCGUCGCGCCUAUAAUGGUAAGAUGGUUGACGUCCUCAAGGUGGCCUCGGCCAUGCUGCAAGGUGAAAUUGAAUACCGCUGCGCCAAAUACGAUAAGGCAUUCUCGUUCCUCCGAGAAGCGAUUGAGCUUGAAGACAAAUUGCCAUACAGUGAGCCUUGGUCAUGGAUGCAGCCUGUCCGCCACGCAUAUGCCGCCUUGCUUAUGGAACAGGGCCAUCUUGAACAAGCCGCUCAGAUAUAUCGAGCAGACCUUGGUCUUGACCAUUCUAUCAUUCGCCCGCGUCGACACCCUAACAAUGUCUGGUCGCUACAAGGAUACCACGAGUGUCUGGUUCGGCUAGGUCGGCCCGAAGAAGCGGCUGUCAUCGAGCAGCCUUUGAAGUUGGCCCUAGCUGUAGCAGAUGUUCCAGUGACUUCAUCCUGCUUCUGUCGCUUGGACACUUCACAGGCACCACAGGUCCUCAAUGGGUGCUCUUCCAACGAAGGAAAGUGCUGCUGA